AACUGUGCCUGGUUGACGAAGCGAAACCCUCGUUUCCGAGGCUCCAUGGGACCAUGAGAACACGCGGAAAGCAACCAUUCCUUGCGCCGUGGGAGUGAGCCAGCAAGCUAAGGAGGGAAGGAACACUCGAGGAAGAAAUCUGAAGGGAGCUCAAAAUCUGGCUACUAAUUGUGUAAGAACGAUAUGUCACAACGCGAGAUCUAAAGGAGCACACCGUUCGACGAAGCGUAGUCGCUACCACGCGGAUCAGACCCAGAUUGACAAAUUUCCAUUAUUUUUUGUUAUUAAAUAAUAGACGCCGGAUGAAGUGACAGAGCGAGUCCGAGCGUCUCUUGCUCAAGAUGCUGACGAGACAUCCAUGAUGAAGCAGAGAGGAGCCACAUCAUGCCUCCUGAUCUAAUGCACACCCACGCCUUUCUCCAAGAAAAGCCUGAGAAGAAAAUAAGAGUGGAGGAGAUGCGACCCUCUGCCCCUGUGGACCUUAACGCCCCUGUUGACCGUCACGGAUGGCAGGCACCUGACAAAGCACCUGAAGAAUCACCUGGCGCGUCUGGUGCCAUUUUACGCCUCCAAGAUUCGGUACCUUCAGCCACGCUUCGCUCUGUUGGGCUGAGGAUAGGAGAGGCAGGACGUGGGGGGACACCAGGAGAGGAGAGCGAGGAGGGAGAGGAAGGAGGGGAAGGAGAGGAGGGAGAGGAGGGAGAGGAGGGGAAGGGGGGACAGGAGGCAGAGGAGGGAAGAGAUGGAGGGGAGGUAGGACAGGUUAGUAGAGUGGUUGGGGGUACAGCAGAAACAGGAGGCAUGGGAGCGUUCUUGAGAGGAGACAACAGAGAUGCCAUUGUGGGGCAUGGUGUUGGUGUUGGUGCUGGUGCAGGUGCUGGUGCGGUGGAGGGGAGAAUGAGCGGUGAAAGCCAUGAUGAGAGGCGUGAAAGGGCCGAGAGAGGAAGCAGGAAGAAUCCACUUAGGGUGGGCAGGGAGAGUGGUGGGGAAAACACAGAAGAGCAUCAGCAGGGGAAGCAGGACCCGCAGGAGCAGCAGGGGAAGCAGGAGCAGCAGGAGCAAUCGUCAGCGCGUCUGAGCCCCGGUUCCUUCCUUGCCUCGUCCGCAUCAGCAGGGUUCCAUGCCAGCAAGGAGGGGAGACUGAGGCUAGCGCCUUCUGUUGGAGCAGGUGGAUCUUCAGGUGCUUCUGGCGAUGCUUCUGGGAGAGAGCAACAGCAGAGGAUGGAGGAGGGGCAAGAGGAGCGGCGCGAGGAAGAGGAGUGGAGGCAGCGGCAGCAGAGGGGGGAAGAGGAGCAGAGGCAGCGGCAGCAGAGGGAGGGAGGAGGCGAGCAGUGGCAGGAGAAGGAGGAGCCGAGGGAGGUGCAGCCGUGGUGGCUGGGGGAGAUUCGUGGGCGGGUAUGGGGGACAGGUAAGGAAGAUAUGGGCCUGGCGGCAGGGAGAGGAGAGGCCGGUCUUGGUGAGGGAAUGGAUGCGAAGGUGGGCUUUCGUGGGCGGGAGGAGCACGUUGGGAGGGGGGAGCAUGUUGGGCGGGAGGGGCAUGUUGGGCGGGAGCGAGAGCAAGUGCGGAAGAGACCACGGGUGGAGAGGUCACCGCCGCCGCAGUACGAGCAGCAACACGUGCGUGACUGGGAGGAGAGCGCAAAGCAGCAGCAGCAGCAGCAGCAGCAGCAGUUGAGCCUGGCGAGCUUGGGCAUAGAAGAGCGGAGGGAGCAGCAAAUGAAGUGGCAGGAGCGGGGUACCCAGAGCCCCCUGAAAGCCAAUGCUCAUCACACGCCUAGUCACGUCCCACCCACUCAGUUAUCCCCUAUGGCGUGUGGCUUGCUAUCCCCCAUAAGACACAACCCGUUAGCACCCACAACUGACAGUGUUGUGGCUCCGAUAACACACGGUCCCAUAACGCAUAUUCCCAUAAGACAUACUCCCAUAACCCAUAUUCCCAUAAGCCAUACUCCCAUAAGCCAUACCCCCAUAAACCAUACUCCCAUAACACAUAGUCACCUACCCACCCGUGUACAGUCCGUGAAAGGAGAGCCCGUGGACGGAGCUGGACAGCUUAGUAGCCUCUCACUCGCGUCUGACUCUCCUUUGCCACCGGCACAACCAGCAGCAGCAGCAGCAGAGGCAGACGCAGCAGCAGCACGUGUGGCCAGAAGCAUACAGUUCUUUCAUUCUUUGAACCGCAUUCCAGGCCGGCUAGAGGCCAGUGGGGCAGGGGGGGGGGCGGGGGCAGGGGAAGGGGCCGCGGAAGCAGCAGGACCAGGACCAGGCGCAGGGGCAGGGGCAGGGGUGGCGGCAGGGGCAGGGGCAGCGGCAGGGGCAGGGGUGGGUCCGGUGAUUUCAGAGUUGACUCAGCCGGCAAAGCAGCAGUGUCAAGCCGCUAGCCCACUGGGGCAGAGCGGAGGCGCGAGCCCUCCUGCGCGGGGGGAAGGCGCGAGCCCCGUGGCGCAGAGUGAAGCCGCCCGCCCGCUGGCACAGAGUCAGGGCGCCAGCCCUCAGGCGCAGAUGGACCUGAUGCUCAACGCCAGCUGGCACAGGCGGCACAGCGGGGAGGCGAGGGGGGACCCGGUGGAGUUCGAGUUCAGGAUGGGGGCCCCGGGCGGUGACUCCGGGGAGGGCUCGUACGGGCAGAGAAUGGCAGAUGGCCAGAUGCAGAGAACGGGAGACGGCCAGAUGCAGAGAACGGGAGACGGCCAGAUGCAGAGAACAGGAGACGGUGGUGAGGGGAGAACAGCAACAGCAGUCAACACCUUUGGUGAGAGGUCGGGGGGUGAUGGGGGAACAGAAGUGAAGCUGGGGAUUGAUUUGGGGAAGGGGGGGCGGUGGGGGCUAGAUGGGGAUGAGGGGGGGAAGGGGGAGAGGUGGGGGCUUGAUGUGGGUGAGGGGGCAAAUCCUCUGCUUGCAAGCCACGUGGCACGUUUGAACAGUGUGGCAAGUAGGAGACGUGGCAAGCUGGUAUUGGAUGAGAGCCUCGCUCUGACUCUGGGUGGGAGUUUCUCGGAAGGACAGGGAAGCUUCCUGGAAGGGGAAGAGAGGUUAGUAGAAGGGGGGAAGAGCUCAGUCCCAGGAGACAGAGGCAGAGCGACUGAAACCGACGCUCUUGCUCCUGCUCCUGCUGCUGCUGCCACUGCUGCUUACAGUUUGGUUGCAAGCCCCCAUACGUCUGCUGUAGCUUUUCCUGCUGCUGCUGCCUCCACUGCCUCGCCUGCUCCUGCUGCUGCUGCUGCUCUCGGGGCUCCUGCUGCUUCUGCAGGCGUUGUUGCAUCAGCAGCAGCGGGAGGCUCGGACAUACUCCCCACCUUGGAGCAGUUUCUGGGGCACUUAAGACGGAGUAUGGGCGACGCACAGCUCCUGGAGCACCUCACACGCAGUGUGAAUGCCAACCAAAGCAGCUUGAGUGCGCAUCCCAGCAGCUUGAGUGCGCAUCCCAGCAGCUUGAGUGCGCAUCCCAGCAGCUUGAAUGCGCAUCCCAGCAGCUUGAAUGCGCAUCCCAGCAGCUUAAAUGCAAGCCAGCAGCAGGAUAGACCAGAGGCAGGAUCAGCAGACAGGGUCCUUCACACCGCACUCCCACCCGCCUUUGUCCCACACUCCACUUUCCAAACCCCCCUCACUUCCUCAUCCCCUUUAUCAGCAGCCUCGUUAAGAGCUCCCCUCGAGCCAUACCCCGCUCUGCCACUAUCAUCCUCUUCCUCAGCAGCCUCGGGAGCUGCAGCCUCGGGAGUUGCAGCCUCGGGAGCUGCCCUUGCUUUGCUAAGUGCCAGCUUGGCCCACCGAGCCCGUCUUGCCUCGCUCUUCCCACCACCACGCCCAGCACCAGCGCCAGCGCCAGCACCAGCACCAGCGCCAGCACCAGCACCAGCGCCAGCUCCGGCACCAGCGCCAGCACCAGCACCAGCGCCAGCUCUCCCACCCCCACCGUCCACUCUCCCCACCCUCCCAGCUUCCACAGCCUUUGCUGCCCCGGCCCCCUUCCCUCUCUUCUCUCGUCCCUUUUCGGCCCCCACUCAAUCAUUCCUCCCACAGCACCCCUUUUCUUUCGUCCCUUCGUCCCCUUCACACUCUUUGGGCCUUGCCUCACUCGCCAAUCCUGCUGCUGCGGCUGCUGCUGCUGCUGCGGGCGUUUCAGGUCGUGAGGUGGCUCCGACCCUUGGGCCCACUCUCAGCCUUGACAAUCUUGGUUCUCCUGGUGCUAGUGGUGCUGCUGCUGCGUCUGCAUAUGCUGGUGGUGGUAAGAGCGACAGUACGUUCGCGCGUCCGCUGUUCCUCUCUGACGUUGGGCAGGCGCAAGGAGAGGGGAGCGUGAGAGGAGGAGAGGGGAGCGUGAGAGGAGGAGCGGGUCAGCUGGGUGGAGGUGCAGGAAGAGAAGGGGUGGGGGGGAGAGAUACAAGGGUUGGAGAAUCAGCCCUAAGGGGAGGAGUGGGAAGAGGAGGAGGAGGAGGAGGAGGGGGAGGAGGAGGAGGAGGAGGAGGAGGAGGAGGAGGAGGAGGAGGAGGAGGAGGAGGAGGAGGAGGAGGAGGAGGAGGAGGAGGAGGAGGAGGAGGAGGAGGAGGAGGAGGAGGAGGAGGAGGAGGAGGAGGAGGAGGAGGGGGAAGAGGAGGAGGAGGGGGGGAGAGGGAGGAGGAGGAGGGGGAGGAGGGGGAGAGGGAGGGGUUGGAGCAGGUAGCAGCAGCAGUGGUGAUGGUGGCGGGGGAAGCAGCAGUGGGGGCGGCAGCAGCGGCAGAUGGAGGGAGGGGAAGGGAGGCGAGGAUAGGAGAUAUGAUCCGGGCGGCACCGGUGGGGCUGGGAGAUAUGAUCCGGUCGGCUGGACAGGCAGGAGAAGCGGCAACGGUGUCAGCAUUGGGGCUUGUGUCACAUCAAGCAUUGCAAUCAGCAGCAGCAGCACCAGCAGCACCACCAGCAGGUGCAGGAUCUUCAGCAGCAGCAGCAGCAUCACGGGCACUGGCAUCAGCAAGCGCUGCUGCCACUGCCAGUGCGACUGGGCGAAGCCACGGAGGGGCAGGAGUGAGGGGCAGAGGGGCAGGGCGAGUCAAAAGGGGGGCAGGAGGAACAACAGGGGGAGCAGCACGAGAAGCAAGGGAAGGACGAGCAGGGGCAGCAGGGGGACAGGUCGGAGUGGGAGCAGCAGCAGGAGGAGGAGGAGGAGGGGGUGAAGGUGCAGCAGGGGUGGGAGCGAGCGGGCAGGGGGGCGGCAGGAGGUGCAGCAGGACGGACGGCAAGGGGUGGGUAUGCAAGCGGCUGGCACGCGAGGGCUUCCUGCUGUGCCAGCACCACAUCGCCGUCGCCAGCCAGUCCUCCUCCGCACCUAAAGGGGGCGGGGGGAGGCGCAACAGACUCAAGCAAGGGAAUCAACAGAAGACCAGCCUGCUUGGGGCGGAUGCUGCUGCUGCUGCUGGUUCUGCUGCUGCCGGGUCUGGUGUUGGCGGUGCUGCUGCUGCUGGUGGUGGUAGUAUGGCUGGAGAAAUGGACGGAGCUACUUCCCCCACUGUAAGAUCGGUGCAACACAGUGCUUCCGCUUGUAACAGCGGGGCAUAUAACAGCAGCCCCUGCAACGGCGCGGUUCCCUCUGAGAGAGGCGAGGGCGGCCGUGUGAUAAGGAACAUCAACAACAUCAGCAUCAACAUCAACAUGAACCUGAGCAGCCAGUUUGAGGAGCAACAGCACAAGUAGCGCACACAUGGAGAAGUAGCCAAUAGCGGCGAGGGCGAAAAUGUGAUCAGGAAUUUUAAAAACAUCAACAUUAACAUGAACCUCAGCAGCCAGUCUGAGGAGCAGCGGCGCAAGUAGUGCACUGGGAUUCCCCAGUCUGGGAAGCUUCGAUUCGACUCGAAAUUCACCCUGUUUGAUAAGCGGCACAUGUAACGCAUUGGGAGAGUGACGUAAAUAUUAGAUAAGAGAAGUUGCUUCGGUGCCGCUUUGGAAGAAAGGAGCUGAAGCAGGCUGAAAUUGUGGUUGUUAACAUAUUAUCAAAGUUAGAAACUAGAAUGAGGCAAACAGGUUGGUUUUGUCCAAGGGGUUGUACCCUCUAAGAGUAUGCACCUAUCUAG